AUGCCCCAUGUCGCCGGUCACAUGGAGACGCUGGCGCUUUUCACCCUGACGCAUGGGGAUUUUGAUGUGCCGCCGAGCGAUCCGGAGGCCUUGUCUGUUGGCUAUUCGACGGAAGACCCAGUAGCUUCUGGGGAAUCCGAUGCCGGCGAUGCAAAUCAGGCUUCUUCCCCUUUGAAGAACACCAACCCUACUGAAGAUGAAAGAAGCAAAACCAACACAUGCCCAAACUGUGAUCGGAAACUCUCCAGCAAAACCAAGUUAAACUUCAUCAAGGCCUCUAUAACUCAACACGAAUUCCCAGUUCGGGUGCCCAUCCGAGAGGAUCUGCGUGAACGGAGAAAUGAGGCGAUGAACUGCGCAGAGGACAGUAAUAGCGUACCUCCACUUGCGACGAUUCACUUGGGUUUGGAGCCCAUCAAGAGGCAGAUACUAGGCUUCCCGCGGGGCGUCGAGAAAUGGUAUAAAUUUGACAGUCCCCGUAGACGGUGGUUGCCAUUCUGUGAGGAAGUCUAUAAUGUGCAAGCUGUAGCCAUAAUACCAAAGCCCCGGUAA